GGUUUUUUUAUAGAUAAUUUAGUAUUUGAUCCAUAAUGAAAGUCUGAAGGACAAAUUCUAGAGUAACUUCAGUGACGGUUGUACAUGUACUGUGAAUAGCUGAGUAUGUUUUCUUGAUGUGGUUAUAAUAUUUAAUUGGGUUAUAAUAUUUAAUAUCUCAGUUAAGAUUUCACAUGCAUUUUAUGUCAGGCUGUGAUUUUGGAUCAGGGUCACCCAGGACUACUUUCUCAAUCCAGCCCCUAUGUUAAUCACAUUACCAUUCUGUGACAUAGUUGAUUGACCCAGUUGUCCUUACCCCUCUAACCUGAUGGGAGUUUCAGUACACUUUAAUACUAUGCACUUUCUCAGGCUGUUCUAUAAUAUUCAAUGUUUUCAAGUUCAGUAUUGUCCUCUGCCCUGAAUUAGGUCAAACUCCGGUGUGCCACCUUAAAUCUUCAUAGACAUGCCAAACAAGUGAGCAAGGAUUUGCCAAGCCUCCCCUGUGCCGACACUGCCAUUGGUCAGCAAGCACUGUUGGUGGGCUGUUGCCAUAGCACCCUCAUUAAGGGAGGGGCAGGGACAUGUUGAGAAAGUGUGGGUUUCAAGUCCCAGUGAAAGAGUACAGGUUGUCAAUGUUACAUCACAGUACAGGAACUACCAUUCAUUUACCAGAGCUGAGGACAUUGAAAUGUACUAGAAUUCAUGCCCAGUGAUAAGGAAAUAAAAGCACUUUUACACUAGUUCUAGAGCAGCACAUACCCUAAGAACAUACACUCUAGAAUGUAAACCGUGAUAAGUUUUAUGGAAGCCAGAACAUACAAAAAACAUGCGCAUGCGCUCAUACACAUACACUGACAUUUACAAUGUAUGACGCAUGGCAUUUUGCAGAGAUGUGCAUUCGCUGGAAGCCGAAAGAUGAGGGGUAGAGUAGGAGAAGCAGCAUUGAGAGGUUGUGUGUGAGAGAGAGUGGAAACAUACGGCAGUGGAUUAAGCUGCUUUGUGAAGGGAAACCGAGGAAAGCUUAUAGAGAAGUGAAGAGAGGGAUGGAGGCUUUUGCCCUGACAACCCACCACAGUUCAUAACAGCUUAGCCAGAGAGGGGAAGGAAACGGACAAAUGCAGGAAAAACAGGAUCAGCCACUGAAAAGUAGCCCGGGGAAGGGUCACCCGGCUCUCAAAGCCUUUAUGUGUGGCUCUCUCAGUGGAACAUGCUCCACCCUGCUCUUCCAGCCUCUGGACCUGGUCAAGACCCGCCUGCAGACCCUUCACAGCAACAUGCAGCCUGGUUCAGCAAGAGUGGGGAUGGUGACUGUGUUCUUAAGUGUUGUACGGACAGAGAAGCUCAUAGGACUUUGGAAAGGGGUCUCACCAUCGUUUGUGAGGACCAUCCCUGGUGUAGGGAUCUAUUUCAGCACCUACUACUCUCUGAAGCAGCACUACUUCCUGGAGCAGGGCCCCGGGGCCAUGGAGUCUGUGCUGCUGGGAGCUGGGGCCAGGACUGUGGCAGGGGUCUGCAUGCUGCCUGUCACUGUCCUUAAGACUCGCUUUGAGAGUGGCAGGUAUAACUACGUGAGCAUGGCGGGGGCUUUGCGCAGUGUGUGUCAAACAGAGGGACCCAGAGCUCUGUUCUCAGGGCUGACCGCCACCAUCCUCAGAGAUGCUCCCUUCUCAGGCCUCUAUGUCAUGUUCUACAGCCAGGGCAAGAACACUCUGCCACAGGAGAUAAGCACGUCUCCCUACGCGGCCCUGGCUAACUUCAGCUGUGGGAUUCUGGCCGGGGUCCUGGCUUCCCUAGUCACCCAGCCAGCUGACGUGGUCAAAACCCAUGUCCAAGUCAGCCCACAUCUGUACAGGAGGACUGCAGAUGCUGUGCGAUACAUUUACAAUGAGCACGGGUUUCAAGGGUUCUUCCGGGGUGGGGUGCCACGUUCUCUGAGGAGGACCAUGAUUGCUGCCAUGGCAUGGACGGUGUAUGAACAGAUGAUGGCCCGCAUGGGGCUCAAGUCCUGAGGAGGGAUGACAAAAAAGAGGGAUGACAAGAACAAGGGAUGACAAGUCCUGAAGAGGGAGAAUGAAAUGUGGACCGAGGAAGAAAGUGAAAGUCAAGUCACCGAGGACAAACCAGUACAGUGAGGAGUGCCCUGGAAGGCACUGCUGUGUUUGUGUCUUAAGACUGCCUAGUUGAGUGUGCCAAUAGACUUCUUCACUGACAUACAGUAUUCUGCCAUAACAUUAUUAACACAUUGCAAAGAUAUGAUACCUCAAGGACUAGUAUCCAUACUUUGACAGAAAGAUGAGGACUAGUAGUGUUAUUAAAAUGUCUGUAUAUUUGAAUGGAUUGCAAUAGUUUUGCAUUGCACAAUAUUGUCUGUCGUCAUUGUAUGUGAGGCUACACCAAACAAGACUUUCAUUUAUUAUUCUACUGGGCUGCUUUCAAAAUUCCAUAUUGCACUAUAAGUCGUAAGAUAUUGUUGGUCCCUAACUAGCCACUGUACUCCCAGCCACACUGACUGUUUAAGCUACUGUUUAAGCUACUUUAAAUAUAUAUCCCACUGUAGAAUUCUACAAUGUUAGGUACCUGUUUUCUCUAGACUUUAGCACAACUUGUAUCUGCUUGUCUUUAAAUUGAAGGUAAAGAACACUAAUUGCUUAACAUACUGAUCCUUAGCUGGAAAUGCACUUUAACCACUUGGUUAAUCUAAAACCCUGGAGUGUCUCAUGCCGCAGUGAGUCUGCCUGCCUCCCUUUGUGCCAAACUAAUGCCACUGUUCUAAGAUAUUAUUCUGGGAGAGAUGCUGUAACAUAUAAUAAGCUUUGCUUGCUGUCCAUUUGAGCUGUACAUUUGAUUUACCUUAGAAGGGUAUUAUAAUUGUUCAUGUUUUCAUAUUUGAUAUAAUUUAUUACUGUUUAUUGUAAUGGUGAAUAAUUUUGCAGGUGUGUUGAAGAGAACAUUUUCCAUGUUUUUUUUAAUGUAAAAAAUGUAUUAAAAAAACAUCAAAUUAUAUAAGAAUA